AUGGGGCCACAAACAGUUCUUUCAAAAGCCGAAGAAGACAUUUUAGUGAAAUGGUUAGUAGCAAUGAGCGAAAAACAUUUUCCAGUAAAUCGUGAAUUAUUAAUGGAAAGCGUACAAAAAAUAAUUGUCGAGCAAGGGAGACCUAGUCCUUUUACUAAUAAUAAGCCAGGGAAAAAAUGGUUUCAAUCUUUUUUAAAGAGGCACCCAGAUGUCGAGAAAACCGCGCAAAAUCUUUCCAAAUCGAGAGACGAUGUGUGUGAAGAAGCUUUGCGAAAAUGGUUUUCUGAAAUCGAGUCAUAUUUAGAACAAAGAGGCCUCAAAGACAUUUUGAAAGAUCCAAGCCGAGUUUUUAAUACUGAUGAAAGUGCUUUCUUUUUGUCACCAAAAGCAGGCCGAGUGCUUUGCAAACGGGGUGAAAAACACCUUUAUAACUUUAGUGGAGACGAAAAAGAGAACCUUACUGUUCUUGUAACAGCUAAUGCUGCGGGACACCUUGCUGCCCCUAUGAUUGUUUUCAAAUAUGAAAGAGUACCGGCGCACAUAUCAGCGAGCGUUCCCGGUGAUUGGGGAAUAGGAAAAUCAGAAUCGGGGUGGAUGUGCGGAAGCACCUUUUAUGAAUUUAUCACAAAUAUUUUCGAUCCUUGGCUACAACAGGAAAACAUAAAAAAGCCUGUUGUAUUUUUCUUAGAUGGACAUAAAUCACACCUAACGUUGCAUUUGUCAAAUUAUUGUUCAGAACAUGGCAUAGAGAUAAUAGCAUUAUACCCGAAUUCGAAACUUCUAUUGUGGAAUCUAUUAGUGACCCUUUGCCUUUAA